AUGCAAAUGAUGAGGAAGCUUGUACCGACUGGACUUGCUGCUGCUGAAAUAGAUGGAAUGACAAUUCAUUCAUUUUUGGACGAACAACGCAAUUCAAGAAAGCCACGGACCAUUAAACCGGGUGACUCAAAACUUGAGAAAGAAUGGAGAUCAGUCGAAUAUCUUUUAAUUGAUGAGAUGAGUAUGGUUGGUUUAACUCUACUAGCAAAACUCAACCGAAUUAUUUCAACUGCAAAACACGUCGAUCCUCAAGUUCCAUUCGGUAGUGUAAACAUUAUCUUCUUUGGUGAUUACUUACAAUAUCGACCUGUAUAUGAUGCACCAUUACACACUGAUUUUUCAUUACCAUCCAAAAAGAAAUCGAGUAAACUAUCCACAGAAAAAGAAAUUCAACAACGUGUUGUAUGUUCUUUAAUUCUUCAAAUUAACUGUGUGGUAAAACUUACUCAACAGAUGCGCACAAAAGAUUCACGGUACCUUCAGCUACUCGAAUGUCUUCGUCAUAGACAAUGUGAUUAUGACGACUACGAAUUAUUGCUGACCCAAGUAGUUGGGCAACCAUCAGAAGGCUCUCUCUGUGAUUCACCAUGGAAUAAAGCUCCGGUCCUUGUGUUCCGAAAUGAAGUACGAACACAAUUGAACAACAAGGCAGCAAUUCACAAUGCAGCUCAAUUAGGCCACGUCCCAAUAGUAUGCGUCGCUCAAGACACUUGUAAUGGCAAACCAAUUGAAGAUCCUAUACUUAUAAAAAAAUUAUUGGAAUUAUCUGAUAGCAAGACAGAGCAUUUACCUGGUUUAUUACUUUUUGUUCCUGGAAUGCCUGUUAUUUUAACACAAAACAUUGCUAUUGAACUUCGUCUUAUUAAUGGUAUUAAUGGAAUCUUUCGACAAUUAGUCUAUCAGGCAGAUUCUGUAUCAACAGAUGUUUUACCGGAAAUAUUUCCAAAAAAUACACAGUACAUCCAUCGACCAUUAUAUGCAUUAAUAGAAAUUGCCAAAUCAAAAAUUGAAUCCAAUCUUGAAGAACUUCAACCAAAACUUGUUCCAAUACCAGUAAUUGAACAAACAUUUCGAGUAGACGUUUCUGAUAUUCUUCCAAAAGACAAGAAACAAAAAUCAAAUUGA